ACCGCCUCUCCGUCGAGCGGGCCUCUCCGUCUGCUUGCCGCCGCCGCCUCCGCUGGCCGUCCGGGUCGCCGGUGCCGCUUCCUUUCUGCCGAAUUAAUCAAUUCUUAAUAUGGUUAAGUCAAGCAAGAAAUCCAGUGUUGAGGUUGCACCUACCGCUCCCUCAGUCUCAGAGGGAAAAUCUGGAAAGAAGGGAAAGAGAAAUGCAGAAUAUGAGAUUGAGAAAGCGACCAGUACCAAGAAACAAAAGACUGUACUGGAGAAGGUUGUGCCUUUGAAGGAGGAUGCCAAAAAAGUGAAGAAGCAGCCCCCACCGAAGAAGGUUGAGAGCAGCAGUUCUGAGGAGGAUUCUUCAGAAUCUGAAGAGGAGGUGAAGGCCCAACCAAAGAAGUCAGCACAGCCUGCUAAACAGGAGUCCAGUGAUGAUACCAGUGAUGAUAGCUCCUCGGAUGAUGAGCCUGCAAGUAAACCUGUUGCUCAUUCAAGCAAGCCUCUAGCUGCACUUGCUACCAACAGCAGCAGCAGUGAUGAUAGCAGUGAUGAGAGUUCAUCUGAUGAUGAACCUGUGAAAAGGCCUGCUGCCCCUUCGAAGAAGCCAGUUGCACUUGCUACCAAUGGAUCAAAAAAGGUCGAGUCAGACAGCAGUAGCUCUGAUAGCAGCUCUGAUGAGGAGUCUGAUGAAGAUGAUAAGAAAUCUGCUGCUCCUGUUAAGAAACCUUCAGUUGCCACUAUACAAAAGAAGACCCAGGAACCUGACAGCUCUGAGAGUGACUCUGAUGAUGGUUCAGAUGAGGAUAUGCCAGCUAAAGCAUCAACAGUAGCCAAGAAAAUGGAAGAAUCCAGUGAAAGCUCUGACUCAGAAAGUGAUACAGACUCGGAUGAUGAGGCUGCUGCUGUUAAAAAGAUAGAUGAAUCAAGUGAUAGCUCAGACACUGACUCCGAGAGUGAGACUGAGCCUGAAUGUGAGGAACCAGCAAAACCUAUUUUUUCUGCGAAAAGGCAUCUAACAGCAGAUACAAAGACUGGACAAUCCAAGGAUGACUCUGAGGAUAGUUCUGACGAGAGGUCUGACGAGAGUUCUGAUGAUAGUUCUGAGGAAAGCGAUGAUGAACCUCCGCAAAAGAAGAUUAAGAAUUCUACAACCUCUGGAACUGCUAAGCCUUCCCCUAAGGUCGCCAAGAAGGAAAGCAGCAGUGGUGAAGAAAGUGAUGAUGAUGAUGACAGUUCUGAUGAAAGCUCUGAUGAGGAUGAUAAGAAAAAACAAACUCAAGCUAAGAAGCAAACACCAGUAGCACAAGAGAGUAGCAGCUCAGAUGUAUCUUCUGCAGAAGAUAGUGACAUGGAAAGUGAUGAACCAGUGAAAACUCCCAAAAAGAAGGAAACUGCUGCAUCUGUUGGUUCGAAUAAGUCUGCGACAAAACUGGGACAUGAGGAACCAAAAACACCUGCUAGCAACCAAAAUCAAGCUACUGGGUCAAAGACCCUUUUUGUUGGGAAUUUAUCAUACAGUGUGACGCAAGAACAAGUGAAGCAAUUUUUCCAAGAGGCAGGUGAAAUUGUUGAUAUUCGUUUCAGUACAUUUGAAGAUGGGGGCUUCAGGGGCUUUGGACAUGUUGAAUUUGCCACAGCGGAAGCUGCUAAGAAGGCACUUGAAUUUGCUGGUCAUGAUCUGAUGGGACGGCCGGUCAAGCUUGACCUGGCUCGUGAGAGAGGCGCGUACACUCCUGGCAGCGAGAGGGACAACAGUUCUUUCAAGAAGCCUGCUCAAAGCUCCGGAAACACUAUAUUUAUUAAAGGCUUUGAUACUACUCUUGGAAUAGACCAGAUCCGAACUUCACUUGAAGAACAUUUUGGCACAUGUGGAGAGAUCACACGCGUUUCAAUUCCAAAGGAUUAUGAUACUGGUGCAAGCAAAGGGAUGGCAUACAUGGAUUUUGCAGACAAUGGUGCCUUGUCUAAAGCAUUUGAACUGAAUGGAUCUGACCUCGGCGGCUACAGCCUGUAUGUGGACGAAGCAAGGCCUAGGCCAGACAACAGAGACGGUGGCUUUGGCAGUGGUGGACGAAACUUUAACAACAGUGGGAGAGGAAGACAUGGCGGACGCGGCGACAAUAGCCCCGGACGUGGUGACCGAGGACGUGGCAGAGGCUUUGGUAGGGGCGACAGGGGCCGUGGUGGACGGGGUACACCGUUCAGGCAGAGUGCUGGUACACCCAGUGCAGGAAAGAAGACAACAUUCGCUGACGACUAGGG